GAACUGGUCUGUACAGGUCACGUGAGCGUCUGAUACACACACACACUCGGGAUUCCGCCAUCUUGAUUGUAGAACACACCAUUCCAUCCUUGUUUCACACCUUACUACAUCACGAAAUAUCCGUAUCCAUUGGCGAUUGUUUGAAGCUAACGUUGAUCGAAAUGGCCGGGGGAAAAUCCAAAGAAGAGCACGUCGCAUAUGCCAAGCUAGCUGAACAGGCCGAAAGGUUUGAAGACAUGGCAUCCCAUAUGACAUCGGUGAUCAAGCAAUGUAGUGAGAACACGGAGGAGUUGACCAUUGAAGAAAGGAACUUGUUGUCUGUGGCUUACAAAAAUGUUGUUGGUGCUAGGCGAUCGUCAUGGAGAGUGGUCAAUAUGCAGGAAUCGAAAACUAAUUACAAGCACAUCGCAAAAGAGUUUAAGGAAGAGAUCGAGAAGGAAUUGUCGAAAAUCUGCAAUGAAGUUUUGGAUUUGCUCAAUCAGUACCUACUCCCUAGCAGUACGAAAACGGAAAGCAAGGUAUUUUUCAAGAAAAUGAAAGGCGAUUAUCUUCGUUAUAUGGCGGAAUUCGCUACAGAUCAGAAAAAGAGAAUUGUGUCUGAAGCCGAAGGGGCUUAUGACGAAGCUUUUCAACUCGCCAAGGACGAUAUGCAUCCUACUAAUCAGAGCAGAUUGGGACUUGCAUUAAAUUUCUCUGUCUUUUACUACGAGAUCAUUAAUCAGCCUGACAAAGCUUGUCAUCUUGCUAAGGAAGCAUUUGAUGAUGCCAUAGCAGAAUUGGAUACUCUGGAUCAAGACUCUUACAAAGACAGCACACUCAUAAUGCAGCUUUUGCGUGACAACUUGACUCUCUGGACGACUGACAAUGAACAGGAACAAGAACAAGAAAUUGAACAAGACAAUUAGACAAACUUCACCAUUAACUGAUGAUAGAUCAAAGGACAUUUUUAAAGUGCGAACCUUGUCUGUCCGUUCAUUAAUGGGCUCAUUUGACAAUGGUCUCUGACAUUUUGCCUGCAGAUGAAAAAUGUAAAUGUACUUGGCCAAGAAUUGAAACGUUGGGAUGAACUUAAUUGAACUGAACCAUCUGUGAUGCCGGUUUUGUUACAAUUAUUCCUUGUCAGUUGUGUUGGCUACAAAUGAUUGGUUAAGUGAAUCUGAAGUUAUGGACUUAAUUACAUCAUUAUAUGUGGACUGCCCCUGUUUGUUUCUGACCAGCAGUAUUGCUGUUUAUUGAGUAUCUAGAUUAUUGACAAGGCAAUGAUGCUCUCAUCUAGAUCAUUGUUCGAUUUAUAGUUACCAGGGUUAGACACUGUUCGCUCGAUAAUGGUAUUGAGUUCCGAGGACAACCCUAUAGUAGAUUUAGUCUUAACACGUCUCCAGUAUAAAACAAGGGAAUUGCUUGUUUUGGACAUAAACAUAUUUUAAUAUUAUGCGGUGAAAUCCUAGGAAAUUUUGGCGAAUAAGUUAAUAACACAGAAUAUUACAUUUCUGAAUUCUAAGCAAUGUUUGGAAAGGAAUAUUCAUAAUUCCAAUUAAAAGUAAAAUGAUAUCUUGUUUUCAUUUUUUUUAUUAUAAGUGUGUAAAAGGACUAGUUAGUGUAAUUGAUAAUUAGAGGGCUAGUAUUUGUGCGAGUGUCUAACCCUGAUAACUGCAACAUUCUAGUUGGAACUGGAAAGAGAACAAAAGGAAAUUUAAAACCAAAUUAAAAUAACAAAUUGGCUCUUUUAAAACUGCACCUGCAUGCUGCCAUGGCCUCGCAAGAUAUUUAGAAAUACAAUUUUUACUCCCUUAGCCACAACUUUAGUUACUUUACUGUUACUGAUAUUAUCCCUGUCUUGAAAUUGUAAGGAAAGUUUUUCGUCAAUGUGUUUACUACAUUGAUAUUCAUUUAUUUGUUAAUCAUCAUUUACAUUUAUAAUAGUAUACAUAUUGACUAUUGAAUAUCAUUAUGUUUUUCUUAAAAGCCAUGUUCUGCUGUUAAUUUUUUAGGCUGCUUUAGUCCUACUGUCCUCUAUUAAGUAUAGGUUAUAGUAAUUAUCUAAUUUAAUUUUUUAUGUCUUAAUAUUAUUGCUGAGGCGAGAUAUACUUGGUAUGUAUGGUAGAUAUAUAUACUGUAUGAUUAGGUGGCAAUUAUUCCAUUAUGAGUACAUAAUUUAAUAUUGAAUUUGUGGUCAAUAUGCUGCAGUUAACGCUAAAAAACACUGGAUCAUUGUGCUCGGUGCUCUCCAAAAAAGUACUAAAUUAUAUGUCAUAUAGAUAUAUACAAAUAAUCUCUAUUGAAGAGAUUGAUUUAGCUAUCCGGCAGAUGCUUUCAUAACAUAAUAAUUAUAUUAUUUAUCUUUCAGUGUAAAACAUGUAGGUCAGGUUUGGAUUUUUGUAUUGAAUAUUGUUAUCUUGCACAUUUAUGUGAAAUCUGCACAAUGUUUAAGGAGCACUGAUAAUAAGUAUUAAGUAAGUUUAUGAGAAAAUCUUGCACAAAAUGCUAAGAUUUUGAAACCAGUUUUCUGUCAUUAAAUCUCUUUUUUUACCUAUACAAAAUAGUGGAGUUUGUUUGUCCCUUGGUUAUUAAGAGCUGUGUGCAUGUAACCAUUCAAAAACAUUGUUGUAAACUACAUUGUACAAUUUCAUAUAGAACACAAGCCCAUAAUAAUAAAAUGUAAUAAUUUGA